CUCCCACACAUUGACUCAAAGCAAUUUAAAGACGUGGGUCAGACAUAUACUAAUGAACUAAUGUAAACAGGUGCAUUUAGGAUUAUAUGCGUAAAGUCACUCACUGACAGAGAUACACACAGACAAACCGACCAAUAGACAUGAUACAGACACACGCACACACAUACACACCCUCACACACAAGCACUUAUUAUACACGCUCGCACACACAAACGUGCAUAAGACGCCCGUGCGUUUUCCUAUUGACAGUCCGCUGACAGCCGCGAAGGGGGCGUGGUCGUUAAAGGUGAUGUGCCGGUUUAAAUUUCCAAUUUGAGCGAAGUUGAAACUGUUGUACGAUUAUAUUUCUUCUUUAUAAAUAUGAUGGAGUUUUAGUAUUCUUCUCGAGUAAAUUAUUAAAAAUUAUUGAUGAUUUUUAAAGAGGUAGGCGGAGAAAAUUUUUUAAUUAAAUCGAUGUCUUAUUUUUAGCAGUCGCACAUGGGAUGCAUACGUAAAGUCUCGUGACUAAACCGGCUUUUCGUUACCCCACGAGAACUGGGCCCUGACAAACGGACACGGCAAUGAACUACGACGGCACGAAUGGUACUGAAAUGGACACUUCUGAUUCAAGGAAAAGACCUUUAGACGGCGAAACAGAUAAUGGGGUCACCAAGAGAUCUAACCAGGGUGGAGGUCAGUGAAUGAUACGAGUGACUUCCACUUCGUUUGGACUCGUUUCUGUGCAACACACCCACUUGCAAGCUCAGUGCCUGUGUCGGUGUGAUCAACGGCUCCUGCCCACGUGUCAAAAGCUACUCAUCCUGAUGUUUUAGCUUUUCAAUUGAUACUAGAGCUUCAAAGGCAGGUUUUCUCCAUAACUAUUGCACUGGAGCAAGAGGCAGAUUGUUAGGGCUGCCAAAAAAUAGUUCUCCAGCCAGGAUACCUGGGAGUUCAAGACACCAUACUGCAGAAUGAGUGAACUUGAGGCCAGGGUCUUUCAAGAGACAUUGAUAAGUGCUGUGCCGGAUAAUGUCCCAAACGUCCUCCACUAUGGAAAUACACCUGGAGGAUCAUGGCAGACCACUUCUGAUGCCAUGCAAGGGCAAAUGGGAACUGGCGAAGGAGAUGCUUCCGCAACUGAUGCUGGGAGGGACAACAUUCAUUUAAAGAUCCUAGUUCCCAGUGUUGCUGCUGGGGCCAUCAUUGGAAAAGGAGGAGAGACUAUAGCCCAAAUACAGAAGGAUGCUGGUGCCAGGGUAAAGAUGUCCAAAGCCAACGACUUUUAUCCUGGCACCACAGAAAGAAUCUGUUUAAUAAUGGGCUCACCAGAGGCUGUCCGUCAAGUUAACAACUUCAUCAUGGAAAAAAUAAGGGAAAAGCCGGAGUCCAAUCCCACCACCCCAACAAAGCCUGAUGAUGCCAAAAAUAAUUUUGAGAGGCAUCGGCAGGUAAUAGAGGUCAAGAUUUUGAUUCCUAACAGCACAGCUGGGAUGAUCAUUGGGAAAGGUGGAAACUUUAUAAAACAAAUCAAGGAGGAAAGUGGUGCCUAUGUGCAAAUUUCGCAGAAGUCAAAGGAGACUAAUCUUCCUGAACGAUGUGUUACUGUUGCUGGUGAAAUUGAUGCCAAUAUGAAAGCAAUGGACCUUAUCUUGCAAAAAAUUGUAGAAGACCCCCAGAGCAGUAGUUGCCCCAAUAUAAGCUAUGCUGAUUAUACAGGCCCUGUUGCAUCUGCCAACCCGACAGGAUCCCCAUUUGCCAACACCCCUUACCAAGCACGUAGCACUGAUAUGAUAAACAACACAGCUGCUGCAUAUCCUGGACAAGGCUUCAAUUUCGGUACCAAUGGGAAUAACUCCUACAAUGGCAUGGGAGGCCUUGCUGGACUGAACAUGACCCUCAGUGCUGCUGCCAUGGGACUAGGUGGCCCCAUGGCUGCACAGGCUUUGGAAAACCUAAAGAUGACUCUGAGGGGUUCUGGCUACACUGAACAAGCCACAGAGGAAAUAAGUACCGCCAUGAAUACCCUGGCUAAUUAUGGAAUCUUAGGCAUGGGUAUGGGAGGCGUGAACCAGAUGGGGGCAAACAUGACGGCAUCCAGUUUAGCUAGCAUGCAGGGCAUGCAGAUGGCAGGGACAACCACCGGGGCAGCUGCCAACACAUCCUUUGGCAAUGCCACUUCCCAAGCUUCCAGCAUGUUUGGACCCGUAGGCAGCACGUCAACGGGCCAGCAGCAGUCGACUAGUUUGUUUGGAAGCUCUUCGCCAAGCAUGGCUGGUGCCACCGACCGCUAUGGCUCCAGUUCCAUGCUCAAUGAUUCGUUUGCGCAGACUCCGGGCUAUGCCGCGUCUGCCAGUGCUGUCACCUAUCCUACCCAGGACCGCUCGCCAGGGGCUGUCACAGUCAAUGUGAACCAGAACUCUUUUGGGCUGGGCACUGGGAUGUACAGCCCCACCGACGACAAGACGUCCACCAAGCAGGAGAUGGAGGUCCCAGAAAAUAUAGUAGGUGCCAUCCUGGGCCCAGGUGGUAAAGGUAUUGUGGAGAUCCAGCAGUACACAGGCACCAAUAUACAAAUCUCCAAAAAGGGGGUCUAUGCACCAGGCACCCACAAUCGCAUUGUAUGCAUCUCUGGCACUGUGAACAACAUAACCCGGGCGCAGUACAUGAUCCAGCAGCGGAUCCAACAAGAAGAGUACAAGCGUGCACGACAGGCUACAGCUCGUUAAAUAUGAUAAUACAUGGUAUAUUUUUAAAAUACCAGUUGAUAACUGUGGUCCUCAGUCAUUUUUUUUUCUUUGGUUUUUGUUUUUGCUUUUAAAAAAAAUUGUGAAGCUUUUUCAGUGAUCAGUUGUCUUUUUAGUUCUUCAUUCUAGUUAACAAUAUUCAUUAUUGUUUAUUCCGAGAAAGAUCCAAAUUUUCCCCCUUCUCCUUUCACUUUGGUCUGCUAUAUUUCCCUUCUUCGGUGCAGAAUUUUACAUCCUCUUUCUCUCUUGCUGUUUUAGCAUUCAAUAUUCUGAGUCUUUCUAAGCAAGGCUCUUCAUGUUGGUUUCUUUGUAUUCAUUAGUUGUACGGAUUUUUAAGAUGAACAUGGUGUAAAAUGUUUCAUCCACCUCUCAUCAUUCAUCUUCCAUUGUACUGCUCAUCAAUCCUCCAUUUAUCAGAAGACCCAAAGUCUUGCAUUGGUUUUUACACAGUACUGGUCGUCUAGGAAACUAAAGGGCUGUGAAUCAAUAGUUUUUCCUUACCAAUUUUUUGGUGGUGUGUGUUAUUAAUGUUUUUUUUUUAAAUUACUAUAUAUAUAUAUCGAGAAUCAUGCUGCUGUCUGCAAGUUCUACAAUUAUUUUUACCAUGACAGUAAAUCUGUAUUGUAGAAUUUUGCAGGCGGUAGCAGGCCAGUAGUUGCUGCCUUUGCUGUUCAUCUGACAACAUGCAUCGUUCAUUCUGACCCUCAUCCUCAUUUCAUUUUCACCCACAUCUUUAACUUAAUAGACGGAUGUCUGCAUGCUGACAGUCAUGUCAAUAUGUGGACCCUCUAUUUUGUUUCAUUCGUUUUCAUCUCUUGAAACAGAAAAAAAGUAAAAUGGAAAGUUUGGUAAAAAAACCUUCCACUGUUUUAAACUGCAAUUAUGAAAUACUAUUUGUGAUAAUACAUUCUACAUUAAUGUAAUUAUGGAAAGCAUUGUGACAAAAUUUAUUUAUUUUUUCUCAUCUUACUAUGCAUUUGAGAUUUUGUUGUAGCUCAGCCAUAUGGUUUUAUGUGAUGAUAACUAUGUCAACUAAUCAUUCUAAUGAUCAUUGAUCAGCAUCUCUUCACCUGCAUUAUCCUCUGUCUGCCAGCAUGUAGUUGCUCUGCUGUUUAAGUAUUAAGCUGAAAAUGCUGGCAAUAUCAACCAGGAAUCGUAACCAGUACGAUCAUUCACAUUGUUAACAUUUCUCAUAAACAGAAAAUUGUGAUAUAACAUUGGUCAUAUUUAUUUAAUACAGUCAUUAAGAUAUUCUUUGGUAUGUAAAUAUGUUUACCCUCAUUUCUGAGUUAUCUCAGCUCCUUAUUUUUGCUUCCUGUCCCUCACCUCCAACCAGUUAUAGAGUUCACAAAGGUUUAAAAAAAAACACUCACUAAACUCACUACAAUUCUGGACACAAGAUUUUUAUUAAUUUUUUAAUUCAUUCACUUUUGCUGCUUUUUUGGUCUUUGUUUAGCUCAACAAGAUUUCACUGCAUCGUGUAGUUUUGUCACACUGCUUUCCACUACCCUUUAUACAGUUAUUGCCUGAAUGCACAUAACUUAAAACACAUAUAUCAAUAUUUAAAAGAUGUCUUUCUUUAGAGAGGAUGUUCAGUUAUAAUCGAUUGCUGUUGUCUUACAUCAAGCAAGAGAGGACUGUAUUUUAUGUAUUACUUUAUGGAAAUACCUGUAUGUACAAAUGCUGCAUUUUAGUCAAUAUUUUAUUUAUCUAAAUCUGUCUAACCAUGUGUCAGGUAUCAUUGCGUUUUAGUCUCCAGUAAGUGGUGUUUCAGAUUGGCAGUAAGUCAGAUACUAGGACAGAUGAAGUGGCCUCUCUUAGAAGGGCAAGUCAGAAGACUCCUCAGUCAUACUUUCUGUUCUGAGCAAUUUUAUUUAGUGUGAAGGGGUGUGCUUUGUUUUUACACUGUUGUGUAUUUUGUGUUAUAUUUGCAUUUGUAACCAGGGAGAAGAGAUUGAGAAAGUUGUUGUUUGACAUUCUCAACUGAAAGAACGGGUAUUGUUGCGAUCAUUUUCAAACAACUACACCUUUCUUUCACUCUUUAUGUAAAUGUAUCGUACGGAUGAAUCACCAGUUCUGGUAUCUGCAGGCAACACUGUAAGCCGCCUCAUAGAUUGACCCGAAUCAGUUGUCCAAUCACAGGUUUGGAUUUAAUGUUUCUUUAGACAUUAUAAUCUGACGUACUCAAUUCUUGAGUUUGAAUUACUCCAUUAUUGAGUUCUCUCUGCUUUCUUUCCUCCGUCUCUCUUUUUUUUCUUGCUCUCUCACUAUUUAUUUAUUUAUUUUCUGUUUAUUCUUUUGCUUAAAUAUAAAUUUUUCAACCUGCAUAUGUCGAAAAUAAUACUGUAAUUUAUUGCUACUUCCAUCACCUGAAAGUCCACCUGUACUUCACAAUCUACUACUCAUGAUUCAGCAUCAAGCAUUGUUGUAACUAGCCAACCCAUUAUUAAAUUAAGCCACGAGAUCUGGAUUUUGUCACAGCCCGAAGUCUUUCCUAUGUCAUGGUGUACGGGAAUAUUUGCCAUUGGCCAUCAGUCUGAUAUGUUUCUCAGUUGCCUUUGAUAUUUCUUUAAAGGUUACUGGCUCAUUAACAUUUUUUGAGGGUGGGUUUUUAAAAUUAGAAAUGGCAUCAAUAUAUUAUUUUCACACAUUACUACCACCACAACAAAUUUGCUUUCCAAGUGAGGAAAUCUUGGAAUGGUCUGUCUCAUUUGAAAGAGGAUUUCAAAGUAGGUCAAUGUUUUUUGUUUUUUUUAGCCAAGUUUCAUUGGCUUUCCAAGUGCAUUUUAAAAUUAUUUAAGAAUUAAUGUUCAUCACUUCUGUGCUCACCAUUAUUGUUGUGUAACAAUAUCGUUUCCAUGGAAUCAUUAAGAAAACACCUUGCAAAGACCAAUUCGAAAGCAAAGAUAUGUUUUGAUUAACUGUGUGGGAAUACAAGUGAAGAUUCAGAAACGAUCAUGUAGUCAUGAAUCAAAAUAUACUUCACCAACAGAUAACCUUGCACAUUUUGCAGUUUUGUGUAAAAUACUGUAUUAUAAUGAACGCCAUCAAAACUUCUUGCAUCUGGCUGGCCAGGGGCAGAUAAUCCAGUCACCCCAUUUGUUCGUGUGUGCCUCUGUAGAUGCCAGCGUUUGGUAGACAUGGUUGGUGAGGCGAUGCGGUGGUGGGCUCAGUGGGGUUCUUACAACUUUGUCCAAAUUUUGACGUGAAGAGACAGAUGUGUCGAGAAAAGUCUGACUGAUAAAGGCUUGGCCAAUCUUACAGCUACAUGAAAUGCAAUCUUGGACUGAGAAUUUUACAUUUGUAUGUGUGCAAAUGUUCCGAGUUAACAUUAAACGGUAAGGUUUUACAUUUCCCCUUCUUCUUUAAUGGGAGUUUCUAUUUAUUUUUAUUCUGUUCAGUGACAGAAAAUGAUCUGCAUGCAGAACAAAAACAAAACAGUUCUGUAAAAUUAUGAACUCAGACUUGAAGCUAGUCUGUUGUGCUUCUGGGGGUCUGCAUACCAUGAGAAAUGUGUAGAGUGUAACUAGUGCCUAGACCUAUUGAACUAUUUUUGUUUCUGCUCUUGAGAAACAAGAAGUAUGUGUAUACUGUGAAAGAAGAGCAGUACCAGCUCUAUGACACACAAUAGCCUCCAUGGGGAUAAAUCACCUUUGCUAGUGUUGUAAAUUAUUUAUUGAUUGUUGUCUCAUCUGUAUCUAUAGCUUCACUUAGUUAUGCAUGCCUUAGACUCUGAAUGGUAGGCAUCAUUGUGGAUAUUGAAAAACUCAUUUCAUUACUCAUGUUAGGUCAUUAUUUAUGCUUACGUCAUGCCACUUUUUUUCGGUCUUGUUUUACUGGCAGAGAUGCUUUAUUCCCGUACUUUUAUUAUCAAUGGUAAACAGUAAGCUGCAACAAAGGAUGCGGUUGGUGAUAAGGAGGACUAACAUAAAGACGUGAGAAUAUGCAGUUUAAAAAUUAAAAAAAAGAAGUUUUCUCAAUCAGAGAUGACUGGCUCUUGA